UAAAGGAAGCGACUGGCCGGGCUUUGAGCAAAAAUGAAACUUAAGACAGGGAGGAAGUCCUAAAGGAAGAACAUGAACAGUGGAGGUGGGAGCACCGAGAGAAGCAGGCAGACGAGUGUGAGACUGGGAGCAUCUCAGCAGCUGAGAACAGAUAUGGCCUCCACAUCUACAUCACCCAGUGAGCCGUCCUUACUGGAUAAACAUAUAACCUGCUCCAUCUGCAUGGACGUUUUUAAGGAUCCCAUCAGUACAGCUUGUGGUCACUCCUUCUGCAAGGACUGUCUUUUCCGCAGCUUUAAAUUCAAUGAUAAGCAGUGCCCACUUUGCAAGGCACUUAUAACCAAAGACCCUGAUGUGAACAUCGUCCUGAGAGACAUUGUCCAGCAGCUGAGAAAAAAAGACGACGAGGCUGCAGGGCCCGAUGACGUAGCCUGUGAUGUUUGUACGGAGCAGAAGCGGAAGGCGAAGAAGUCCUGCCUCGUGUGUCUCGCCUCGUAUUGCUCGACCCACGUGGAGAAUCAUUACUCGACUGAGCGGCUGAAGGGCCACAAGUUAGUGGAGCCUGUGGAGAAUCUGGAUGAGAGGGCUUGUUUAACCCACGGACGCCCCCUGGAGCUGUACAGCAGGAAGCAGCAGAAAUGCAUCUGUGUUCGUUGCGUGAAGGAUGGUGAGGAGGAAGUCAUCUCUACUGAGGACGAAUGGGACAAGAAGAAGACUGAACUCGAGAACAACAAGACAGAGCUGCAAGAUAAAAUUAAGAAGAGAAAAACAAAGGUGGAUGAGAUCACUAAAGCUCUUAAGGACUGUAAGGAAGUGCUGGACAACGAGUGGUGGGACAUUGAGGGCGUGUUCACGGCUGUGAUUGCCAUCAUGGAGGAGGCCCAUGCCAGAACGCUGCAGCCGCUAAAGGACAGGAGGCAGGUUUUGGAGAAGGAAGCCAAAAACCUCAAAGAUGAGUUGGAAGCAGAGAUCAGCAAACUGGAGAUGACCAUUUCUGAACUGGACGAUAUAUCAGCGCUGGAGGAUCACAUUCUUUCCCUGCAGAGAUACCCGUCUCUUCAAGAUCCAAACAACAUGAAAGACUGGACAGAAGUAGAGCUGGAUACAUCUCUGUCGUUUGGCACCAUGAGAAAAACCACAGCAGCUAUGAUGGAAAAAAUCCAACAGGAACUGGAGAAAUUGGCCCCUAUUGAACUAAAGAGGGUCCCAACAUUUGGAGUGGAUGUGAAGCUGGAUCCAGCUACGGCACACAGACGCCUUGUCGUCUCGAAAGACGGCAAACAAGUGAAAGAUGGAGGAGAGGACCAGGAAGUAGCCGACGGCACCGAGAGGUUUGAUCUGUUCGGCAGUGUCCUGGGGCUGGACAGCUUCACCUCGGGGAAGUCCUACUGGGAGGUGGAGGUCACCAACAAGACUGGCUGGGAUCUGGGUGUAGCGAGAGGCGACGCAAACCGAAAGGGGCAACUCAAACUGAACCCAGACAACGGUUACUGGGUGACCGUGCAGUAUGAAGAUGAAAAGUUUGCCGCUCUGACAACCCCACCGCGUCGUCUUUCCCUGGAGGAGAAGCCUGAGAAGGUGGGGGUGUUUGUGGACUACGACGAAGGUCUCGUCUCUUUCUACAACGUCACGGCUCAGUCCCACAUCUACUCAUUCACCGAUUGUUCCUUCAAAGAUGAGCUUUACCCAUAUUUCAGUCCUCAUGUCAAACAAGACGAGAAAAACUCUGAGCCUUUGAUUAUAUCUGCUGGGAAACGGUGUGAGGAGGACAUGGAUGAGUCAUGAACAGUGUGUUUGUGUUGCAGUUUUGUUGUUCAAACAUCCUUGAUUCCUUUCCUCAACUUAUCUUCUUGUGCUUUAGUACUUGUCAGAUGAACAAAACCAUGUUCAUGGCAUCUCAUAUUUACUUAAAAUUCAAUUCACAACCUGCCGUAAUGUGACGAAAAAAAUGUUGAAUAUGAAAUACAGAAUAUGAAACAGAAAACACUGAGAGGGAACAUUUUGUUAAAGAUUGUGUACUUUUUAUAGUGUCAUUUUAAAAGCAAACCUUUUGUAAUUGAGUAUUUUUAACAGGCUUUUAUCUGUACUUUUAAGUUUCUGAAUUACUGUCCCACAACUGCAAACAAUGAUU